GAACUGAAGGGGAACAUCCGCGUGUUCUGCCGCGUCCGCCCGCCCGCGAACGACGAGGACCCGAGGGCGGACAAGAUGGGCGGCGGUAAGAACAUGGACCAGCCGCUGCUGAAGAUUGACGCGGUGGGCGAGAUGGCGGGGCGAAGGAUGGAGGUCGCGCCCCCCGGCGGCGCCAAGGCUUUCGACUUUAACUUUGACCGCGUGUUCGGCCAGGACUGCGGGCAGGGCGAGGUGUUCGAGGAGAUCUCGCACCUCGUGCAGUCGGCGCUGGACGGGUACAAGGUUUGCAUAUUCACCUACGGCCAGACGGGGUCGGGAAAAACGUACACGAUGCUCGGCGGGGACGCGUGCGGGGAAUCCGGCGAACCGGAGGAUCAGGGCGAAGAUCUCAACCUCGACGAUAACCGCGGUUUAAUCCCGCGGUCCAUCGAGCAGAUAUUCAAGGCGAGGGACGCCGCGGCGAAGGCUGCGGAGGAGAACAGAGGGGUGACGCCGCCGUCGCUCGCGAUCAGCGCCACGAUGAUUGAGAUUUACAACGAGGACAUCAAGGAUUUGCUGGUGUCGCAGAAACACUCCGCGGAGACCAAGUACGACGUGAAGCACCACGCCGACGGCCGCACCACCGUGACCGGCCUCAAGACGGUGGAGGUGGCCAACGCCGGGGAGGUGGCCAAGCUCAUGAAGAAGGCGCAGGCGGUACGGUCCACCGCCAAGACGAACAUGAACGAGCACUCGAGCCGUUCGCACAUGGUGUUCACGCUGCACCUGGACGGCGUCGACUCGACCGGUCAGCCGGUGCACGGCGCGCUCAACCUCGUGGACCUCGCGGGUAGCGAGCGGCUGUCGAGGACGGGCGCGGAAGGGGCGCGUCUCAAGGAGGCGCAGUGCAUCAACAAGAGCCUGAGCGCGCUCGGAGACGUCGUGCUCGCGCUUGCCAACAGAGACGCGCACGUUCCCUUUCGCAACAGCAAGCUCACGUACCUGCUUCAAAACUCGUUGGGCGGGGACUCCAAGACGCUUAUGUUCGUCAACGUGUCGCCCGCCGCGGACAGCAGCCAGGAGACGCUGUGCUCGCUUCGUUUCGCCGCGAAGGUCAACUCGUGCUCUCAGGGUCAGCAGACGGCUGGGGGCGCUAAGAAGUAA